CAAUAUGGCGGACAUUGAUGUAAACAAUCACUUGGCAACAUCAUUAAUAUGAUCAUUUUCAAGUAAACAUUGGUUUUUAAAAAUCAUAUAUGAAGAAUUUCUUUUCAACAUGUCCAGAGCACAAUCGCGAAUGUCAGCCCGCACAGGGGGCGGUUCGCGGGCAACAUCAGCAAAAAGUACCAAGAGUCCGAGACACCCUGUGGUUAUCCAUUCCACGAUACUUCCGAUGUCAAAAGUCUAUCUCGGAAAGGAAUAUGAACAGAGACUUGCAAAUGCAGCAGGCACAGGAGACCUUAUCACUGUAAUAAAAAUACUGAAAUUCAAUGUCAGCCCGGAUUCAAGGGAUGAACAUGGUCAACCUGCCUUAGUCAGAGCUUGCAUGGGGGGUCAUGCUGAAAUUGCCUCUGCACUGAUUGAAGCAAAAGCAAACAUAAAUAUCCAAGGAGUUUACAAUGCAACUCCACUCCAUGCUGCAGUGAAAGGUCAAAAUGUGAAUUGUGUAAAACAUGUGAUAUUAGGAGGGGCACAGUUAAUUCCCCAAACUACAGCUGGACUGACUCCACAAGACAUGGCAAAAUACGGGUCUGAAGUCUGGGAAGUCAUCAAUGAUGCUAGAAAAGGAGACAUGCCUGAAAUAGACGAAAUCAGUGAGGUUCCAGAAAUUCCAGACUACGCUCUCCCAGAUGGUGCUGCCAAGAAAAAGAAAGGGAAAAAAGGAAAGAAAAGUGGAAAGAAAAAAGGAGGAAAAAAGGGGAAAAAGAAAGGUGGAAAAAAGAAAAAGAAGAAAUGAUAUUUCAAGUUUUAGAAUUGUUGAUUCCCAUCAGUUGAUCUUUAAAAUUGUUCAAUCUUAGGAAACAAGUUGUAUGUGUAUCUGUACGUGAAAAAUGAAUACAUGUAAUGUAGAUUUAUUAAUGUUGGAAACCAAUGCCAUAUUGGCUUAUCGACCAAAAUUACUGCUUUUCCAGAGUUCAUCCCUUGUUUCAAAUUACAGUUUACUGUUAAUUCAGUGGCAAUGUUGAAGUUUAUUUUUUGCUUGACAAUGAUCUUGUUAUGUAUGUUAUGAAAUUUAUAGCACAAUGUUAAUAAAAUUGUAGUAUGUU